UAAUCUCUUCAUAAACGACACCGUUAUCUUGUCCAUUUUAACCGGAUUGGGGAGUUCCUCACAGCCAGAGAGCUGAGUGAGCAACAAGAGCCGCCAUGGAAACGAGACUCUCUGCUUCUUUAGGACUCCCAACUCCAGACCCAAAUCACCAUCCCCUUAACACCGAUUUCAAUUCCCUCUUCAAUCACUUAACCUACAAUCUCAUAUCCACUCAACCCAACAAACGUCGACCCAAACUCAUUAAAAACGACGUCGUUGGAUUCGCCUCUACUUCGCUAUCUACUACCACCGAUACCCACCAAUCUACAGCGUUGAAGCCACAAAAAUGGCUCAAAUCCACUUCAAAUAACACCUUUAAGGCUCAAACUAUUAUGAAGAAUCUCUCAGUUCUCGAGCGCGCCCUUAUUGGCGCAGCUGGCGGCGGCAUUGCUGGUGCAUUCACUUAUGUAUGUCUUCACCCGCUUGAUACAAUCAAAACCAAGUUGCAAACAAAGGGUGCUUCACAGAUUUACACGAGCACGUUUGAUGCCAUUGUUAAGACGUUUCAAACCAAGGGCAUUCUUGGGUUUUAUAGCGGUGUUUCUGCGGUUAUUGUUGGUUCUACAGCUUCAUCUGCUGUGUAUUUUGGGACUUGUGAGUUUGGGAAAUCAAUUUUGUCCAAAUUUGAGAUGUUUCCUUCUCUGCUUGUUCCUCCCACGGCUGGCGCAAUGGGGAAUAUUGUUUCGUCAGCUAUAAUGGUGCCGAAAGAAUUGAUUACGCAGAGACUGCAAGCUGGGGCAAAGGGGAGAUCUUGGGAAGUUUUGUUGAGAAUUUUGGAGAAAGAUGGGUUUUUGGGGCUUUAUGCAGGGUAUUCUGCUACAUUGUUGAGGAAUUUGCCUGCUGGUGUGUUGAGUUAUUCUUCUUUUGAGUACUUGAAAGCUGCGGUGUUGAGUAAGACUAAGAAAGGUCAUUUGGAGCCAAUUCAGAGUGUGUGUUGUGGGGCAUUGGCUGGAGCAAUUUCUGCGUCUCUAACAACUCCACUCGAUGUGGUGAAAACUAGGCUGAUGACUCAGGUUCACGGAGAGGCGGUUAACAAGGUGUCUGCAGUGAUGUAUAGUGGCGUUGCAGCAACUGUGAGGCAGAUUUUGAAGGAGGAAGGAUGGGUUGGAUUGACUCGAGGAAUGGCCCCUAGAGUUAUUCAUAGUGCUUGCUUUUCAGCAUUGGGGUAUUUUGCGUUUGAGACUGCUAGGCUUAUGGUUAUGCAGCAGUAUAUGAAGAGGAAGGAGUUAGCUGAAGCGAAUGUUGCUCCUGUUUGAUUUGUUGGCUGUUGUUGAGUCUCAGACGGUAUACAUUAUAGUUGUUGGUUAAUAUCCUAAAUUUCUAAUUUGUUUUUAUUUUUGUUUCUGCUUAAAGUAGAGUUCUCAUUGAUUUUUGGUAAUGCCUUUGUAUACCUUUGAAAUAAGGCACUUCGAUAAUACUUGUUUCUUUUGAUAAUAGUUAAAUAUUUUGCAAUGUUAUUGAUAACACUUUGAAAAUUUUGAUAAGGUAAAAGCAAUAUUAGUUAUUUUUAAGUAAA